AGGGUCACAGGCCAGGAAGCACCGGACUCUGGACCGCAGCUGCGCGGGGAGGUAAACAACAGGGCUAUAAAUACCCGUGGUCCUGGCCGCUCUUUGCAGAGGAGUCCAGUUGCUGAGCCGAGAGACAGCCUCCUCGUCUGAAGGGGCCCCCACGACGACAACCCCAGCCAUGUGGAGCGGCCUGGGGCUUGCCCUGGCUCUCUGCCUCCUGCCCUGGGCGGGAGCGGAGAGCCAGGGGCGGGGCUCCUUCUGCAAGGAGCCUCCGGCCUGGAGCAUCGGGGAUCAAGACCCGAUGCUGAACUCCCACGGCUCGGUCACCGUGGUCGCCCUUCUCCAGGCCAGCUGAUCCUUCUGCAUUACGCAGGCAUCCAGGCUGGACGACCUGCGAGUAAAACUGGAGAAAGAGGGCUUUGCCAACAUUUCCUAUGUUGUUGUGAAUCACCAAGGACUCCCUUCUCGAUCCAAAUACGUGCAGCUUAAAGAGAAGGUUUCAGAGCAUAUUCCGGUUUAUCAGCAAGAAGAAAACCAAACCGAUGUCUGGACUCUCUUAAAUGGGAGCAAAGAUGACUUCCUCAUAUAUGACAGAUGUGGCCGCCUCGUGUACCACCUUGGCCUGCCUUACUCCAUCCUAGUUUUCUCGUACGUGGAACAGGCCAUUAAGUUCGCUUACUGCGAGGAGAAAUGUGGGAACUGCUCUUUCACGAUCCCAGACGAUGAAGACGUCUGUAAAAAUGUGUCCUUGGCCACCACGAGGAAAACCACCGAGGCCCCAGAGCCGCAGCCCCACCCCCACCAUCGCCAUCACCACCGGCACGGGCACCGGCACUGGCACGGGCUCGGGCACCGACACUGGCACGUUAAGCACGGCCAGCCCUCAGAGAGUCAGCAUCCGGAAGCACCACCCGAGUCUGAGCACCCCCCUUCUCCAGGCCUUCAUCACCACCAUAAGCUCAAGGGCCCCCAGAGACAGGAGGACCCAGCGAGUUGAGAUGAGCUAGAGAAUGAACCGUUACCACCUUCUUCUUCACGAAAGGAGGUGGUAACCUCCUGUGGAAGGAGAUGUAUAAAUCGGUUACUCUGAAAGUUGCCCAAAGAUUCGGCGUCAGCCCCUAGCAGCUGAUGCUGACAUUGUCGACAUCUGAUAUUUGAAAAAACAGGGUCUGCAGUCACCUGACAGUGUCAGGGAAGCCUCCCCUCUUUGUGUAGCUGAGAGGGGCUGUGGGCGGAGGAGAGCGUCAUUGAGUCUUGACAGUGACGUUUGCCUCGGGUCGCCUGACCGGGGAGUCAGCGGCUCCAGCCCACAGAAGCCAGCACCACCUGAAGCUGAAAAGAUAAGGCAGAAAUGUGAGCAUGACCUUCAAACUAAACACUUAAUUAGGACACACUCCCAAGUCAAUCCUGACACAGUUUCACUUUCGGCAUUUUUAUAAGCUACUUAAUAAUGACCAAAAAUUAGGAAUUGGAUUUGUGCAAACAUGAAGAAAUCUAUUAUGCUGGCCUCCAAAUUUUAAGAUCUGCGCCAAAGAAAAUUUUGACCCAAACCAUUUUUCUUAAAAGAAGGGGCAACUGGAAGGUGACUGCAGUAUUUGGUUAAUGUGUCUUUCUUUUUCUUUUUCCGGCUUUCUACUUGCCUCAAUGAGAACAGGAACGUAAACUAUGACCUAGGGGUUUCUGUGGGAUGCUUGGCAAUUAGAAUGGAGGAAGAACAACAAAGACAUGUUUUCCAUUUUUUCUUACUUGUCAAAACAUUAUUACUUUUGUCUUUUUAAUCUUACAGUUUUAACUGAUUACACCUUUUAAAGGAAGAAGUGAAUUCUGUCUUUUAAGAUUCAGAAAUACUUAACAUAUGAGUAUUUUGCUAUGACUACCUUUUAAAUAUCCAUUUACACUUUUUUAUAUCUAAGACUCAAAUCUUGAUUUUUUACUACUGUCUGUGAAAGAAGGCUUUAUCUAUUGUUUUCUUUACUUGGCAUGCUAUCAUGCUAAAACUUGAGAACGCCUGUCUUGAGAGAGAUACAGAGAGAGAUAAAAGAAUGUUGUCUAUCUUUUGGUUGCUUAGACAGUAUUUCCAUAGUCAAUGAUGGUUGAAUAGGUAAACUGAGGCCUAUGCACCUGAACUUCGUUAUGGCUAAUACUAUUAAGCAAGAAUGCAGUACACAGUUGGCCAAAGUAUGGAUUUAUUUCAAUAAACUCAAUUUAAAAAGUUUAA